AUGAUCGCACGACUAAAAGAAACCGUUGCUUUGCUCUUGGUUGCCGCGUGCUUAGCCGUGCGUCCAUCGUGGUCCGAGGCGCAAGAUAAUUACGAUGAAUACAUAAAACAACUACAAACUGUAUCCGGAUUAAUCAAGGAUGAAUCUUUGGCCAGUCAAUAUCUAGAAGAUAUUUCGGAGCAGCUGAAUACGUUAAACAACGCUGGAGCAAACGCCGACUGGGACUAUGACAACAAUUUGACCGACUACAACCAAAAAAGAACGGACGAUGUAAACGUCGAGAUAGCCAAAAAAGGGCGAGAGUUUGCUCUAACGGCGAAGCGGUUCGAUUACAAGUCCUUCCAAAAUGUCACCCUCCGACGUAUUUUUCGACCGAUGAGUGACCUUGGCCUUGGAAGCCUCGACGAUGCAGAAGUGGCCAAGAUCCAGAACAUCAGCUCCACCAUGUCUAGAGUGUACAGUUCGACCCUGGUCACCGUUGGUGGAAAGCAAAACUUAUCUUUGGAGCCAGAUCUGACUGUCAUUAUGGCCAAAGUUGGAAACUACGCUGAGCUUCAGGAGGCUUGGGAAGCCUGGCACAACAGCGUGGGUCGCAAGGAGAGAGAACUGUAUAUUCCAUUCGUCCAACUUCUGAACAAGUCGGCAACUCUCAACGGUUACGACAGCGUGAAAGAUGUUUGGCUUGCGAACUACGAAAUGGACAACAUCACAGAUGUGGUGGACGCUGUAUGGCAAGAGGUGGAGCCUCUGUACAAGAAACUUCACGCUUUCGUGCGGAUGAAACUGAAGACGCUGUACGCAGGUCAUCAACUCCCCAAAGACGGCACUAUCCCAGCGCACUUGCUUGGAAACAUGUGGGCUCAAACAUGGACUAACCUCUACACAAGUCUCAGCAGCGGAUCUCCGUUGGACGUGUCUGAGGAACUCGUUAAGCAGGGUUGGAAUGCGUCUAAGAUGUGGAAAACGGCUGAAGACUUUUUUACAAGCAUAGGACUGCCACAAAUGACAGACACCUUCUGGGAGAAGUCAGUGAUGACCAAACCUAAAGAUCGCGAUAUUGUGUGCCACGCAUCAGCGUGGGAUUUUUACGACCCGCCAGAUUUCCGGAUAAAGAUGUGCACUGAAGCGAACAUGGAGGACUUGGGAACCAUACAUCACGAAAUGGGACACAUUAUCUACUUCAUGCUUUACGCUAACCAGUACCCGACGUUCAGAGAAGGUGCCAACGAAGGGUUCCACGAGGCUGUUGGCGAUUUGAUAGGGCUGUCCUCAUCCACGCCAUCCCACUUGCGUUUGCUGGGACUUCUGAAAAACGAUACGGAAAUAAACCCAAUCGACGAACUCUUGUUGAAGGCACUCGAGAAGCUUGCAUUCUUGCCAUUCGGACUUUUGCUGGAUAAGUGGAGGUGGUCCAUCUUCACAGGAGAAACACCUUAUGAGAAAAUGAACAGAAAAUUUUGGGAGCUAAGAAUUAAGUAUCAGGGGAUAUCUCCACCGGUGAAGAGAAGUGAACAGGAUUUGGAUGCAGCAGCCAAGUAUCACGUUCCUUCUAACACUCCCUAUCUAAGGUACUUUGUGUCUUAUAUACUUCAAUUUCAGUUUCACGAAUAUCUGUGCAUGCAGACGUGUCAGUACACGGAUGUCAGACCACUGCACGAAUGUGAUCUUUAUGGUCAUAGAGAGGCGGGCGACAUUUUGAGGCAAGGACUUUCUCUCGGCGCCAGCAAACCUUGGCCGGAAGUUCUGGAGAUAAUGGCCGGCACAAGAGAGAUGUCCGGGUCGUCAAUUAAGCGCUACUUUGCCCCUCUGGAAAGCUGGCUUGACGAGCAGAUUAAAGGCGAGACAAUCGGUUGGGAUAGCGCCAAUGUGGAUGAUUAUAUGGACUCAGGCAGCACGCCAUCGUCGGACCAACGUCGAUCCGUCAUUGACAAAAUAUGGGACAAGCUCUGGCCUAAAUUAGGCGCACACAAAAGAGCAACCCGGUCAAACGUUUGA